CGGCCAACGGCUGUUCCCGCCAACCGGAAAUUCAAACGUCCGCUGUGGCCCCUCCUCCCGGGGAGGUAUAAAAGCAGCGGCGGCUCCUCCGCCCCUCACUACUGCCUUCAACACCCGAUCCUUCACGUCGGCUAGAGGGACAACUACUGAACUAACAAUGCGUGAGUGUAUUUCUAUGCAUGUCGGCCAGGCCGGCGCCCAGAUGGGCAAUGCAUGCUGGGAGCUCUACUGCCUGGAGCACGGCAUCCAGCCGGACGGUCAGAUGCCCAGCGACAAGACCAUCGGAGGAGGAGACGACUCCUUCAACACCUUCUUCAGCGAGACUGGAGCUGGAAAACAUGUUCCCAGAGCUGUGUUUGUGGACUUGGAGCCAACAGUCAUCGAUGAAAUCCGUACAGGAACCUACCGUCAGCUCUUCCACCCCGAGCAGCUGAUCACAGGCAAAGAGGAUGCAGCCAACAACUACGCUCGUGGUCACUACACCAUCGGAAAGGAGAUCAUUGACAUGGUUCUGGACAGAACACGCAAGCUUGCUGACCAGUGCACAGGCCUCCAGGGUUUCCUCAUCUUCCACUCCUUUGGAGGAGGAACCGGCUCCGGCUUCACCUCUCUGCUGAUGGAGCGCCUCUCUGUCGACUACGGCAAGAAAUCCAAGCUGGAGUUUGCGGUUUAUCCGGCUCCUCAGGUGUCCACAGCCGUGGUGGAGCCCUACAACUCCAUCCUGACCACCCACACCACCCUGGAGCACUCCGACUGCGCCUUCAUGGUGGACAACGAGGCCAUCUACGAUAUCUGCCGCAGGAACCUGGACAUCGAGCGUCCCACCUACACCAACCUGAACAGGCUGAUUGGACAGAUCGUCUCCUCCAUCACCGCCUCCCUGCGCUUCGACGGAGCCUUGAACGUGGACCUGACGGAGUUCCAGACCAACCUGGUGCCCUACCCUCGUAUCCACUUCCCCCUGGCCACCUACGCCCCGGUUAUCUCUGCAGAGAAGGCCUACCAUGAGCAGCUCUCCGUGGCUGACAUCACCAAUGCCUGCUUCGAGCCAGCCAACCAGAUGGUGAAAUGUGACCCUCGUCACGGCAAGUACAUGGCCUGUUGUCUGCUGUACCGUGGAGACGUGGUUCCCAAAGAUGUCAACUCCGCCAUCGCCACCAUCAAGACCAAGCGCACCAUCCAGUUUGUGGACUGGUGUCCAACUGGCUUCAAGGUGGGCAUCAACUACCAGCCUCCCACUGUGGUUCCUGGAGGAGACCUGGCCAAGGUGCAGAGGGCCGUGUGCAUGCUGAGCAACACCACCGCCAUCGCCGAGGCCUGGGCCCGACUGGACCACAAGUUCGACCUGAUGUACGCCAAGAGGGCCUUCGUCCACUGGUACGUUGGAGAGGGGAUGGAGGAGGGAGAGUUCUCAGAGGCCAGGGAGGACAUGGCUGCUCUGGAGAAGGACUACGAGGAGGUGGGAACCGACAGCAUGGGUGAGGAGGAUGAGGAAGGAGAGGAGUAUUAAGUCCCUGGAACAUCCGUCUGCAGUUUGCAGCUCCAUGAAGCCAUACUGGACUCAUUCCUUCAACUCUGCACAUUCGGUCAUGUUCAUUUUUAUUUGUGCAAACUAAUAAAGAACGUCAAGCAUA